GCCCCUUUAUAAGGACCCGCGCCGGGGCGAGGCGGCACUUCCACUCGUCCUUUCGACCAUGAAGUCUGCCGUGGCGCUGCUCGUGCUGGUGACAGCCAGCCUCGCCUCCUGCAGGCGGCUGGCCUUCGAGCCCAAGAAGGCGACCCGGGACGGCGCUGACAGACCCCCGAAGGCCGCGUUCCGCCAAGACCUCUCCUCCUACGGCUCCGAUGCGCACUCCAUGGCGUCCUCGUUCGGAGAAGACUACUGGACCAGCUCUUCCGCCUCCUAUGGACGUCCCCCUUCCCCUCAGGCUACCACGACCAACCCUCCUGUGGUUAACCCGACAACCAAUCCACCAACGACUGGGGCAUGCCAGUGCGGGGUUGCCAACCCAACGCGCAUCGUAGGAGGGGAAGAAGUCCAACCCGCCCACAAGUACCCAUGGCAAAUAGGUCUCAAGUAUAAGGGAGGCGUAGGGUACUGGUGUGGAGGCGCCGUCAUCAACGACCGCUACAUCCUGACCGCCGCCCACUGCCUAUUUGACUCCAACGGAAACCAGGAGUCUGCUGAAGGCCUCGUGGUGGGCGUUGGCGAUCACCUCAUGAGCUCCACUUCCGACGAUGUGGCUGCAACUGAGCUGAUCAGUGUGGAGAAGGUCAUUCUGCACUCCCAGUACAAUAAACAGACAUUUGAUAAUGAUAUAGCUCUUUUGAAGUUGUCCAAAGUCCUGACCUUCUCCACGGAGGUGCGACCUGUCUGUCUUCCUGAGGACGACAGCAAAACCUACGCAGGUGCAGAUGGCAUUGCCUCCGGCUGGGGCACGCUGUCCUCGGGGGGAAGUCAGCCCAAUCAGCUGAUGGAAGUGACCGUGCCCAUCCUGGACCCAAGCUGCUGGGGCCAGUCGGUGACCGAAAGGAUGCUGUGCGCAGGAUACUCGGAGGGCGGCAAGGACACCUGCCAGGGAGACUCCGGAGGACCUUUGUGUGUGAAGGAGAGCAGCAAGUAUGUCCAGGUUGGAAUAGUGUCCUUUGGCGACGGCUGCGCCAAGCCUGGCAGCCCCGGCGUGUACGCCCGUGUGACCGAGUUCCUCCCUUGGAUCAAGGCUAACACCGCCGACGCCGCCUUCUGCUGAGCCUCCGCCGGACCUACAGAACAAUCCUUGCAUCCAGGCCGAACUAAUAAAAUUUCAGUUGCAUCCC